AUGUGCAUACCGCACGCUCGCGCACCCGGCCGCCGUCCCGCUCGCUUAGCCGCAGCCCCGUCGCCUAGCACGAGCCGCUCCGCCCCUGAUCUUUCCCCCUCGUGGCCUCGGCGUCCGUGCGAUGCGCCCGCGCGCUCGUCGCAUCCCCGACGCCUGGCCGCGCCUGGCUGCUCGUCGGAGGCCGCAGUCCUCGUCGCGCCUCCUGCCAUCGCGCGCCUCCCCUGCACGCCCGCGCACGAGCCCGAACCCCUCACCUCUGUCAACGCCCCCACUCGCCUCCUGAUGCUUUUGCUCCUCCCAUCCCCCCCCCUGGCGCUGCACCCGCCUCCACCUGGCCGCGCCGGCUCCGCCCGGCCACGCCCGCGCUCUGCCGGAGCGCGCUGGCACCCGCGCCCCCAACCUCCCUGUGCGCGCUCGCUCCCCUCGCCCUGCCCUCGCCGUCCCACUACGCCCGUCGCUGCCUGCGCGUGCGGCCACCGCGCCUCGCCCGUCCGCCCCGCCCGCCUGCACCGCGUUGUCGCUUGCCGACGCACGCGCGCCCGCGGCUCCGGUCCCCUCUGCCCCGCCACCCUGUUCCGGCCAGCGCUCGUGCGGCCGCUGGCCGCCGGCACCCGCGCCCGGCUCUGCCGCGUCACCUGGGCAGGUUACGCCCGCACCCUGGGGCUCCGCCCCGUUUCGCUAGCGCCCACACCCGCUACGCCCAACACCCGUUAG